CAAGAGAGACCAAAGUCCAGAGGACAUUCGUCCUGACAUGAGUGAUCUCAGGAUUGUCCUGGUGGGGAGGAACGCUCCAGAAAACAACCGAGUGGGAAACUUGAUCUUAAAUAAACAAGUGUUUGGAAAGAAAGCACCACAACCUGAUGUGGAGACGUUCAGUGAAAGAGUGGAGAGAAGAAACAUCACAGUCAUCAACACAACUCACCCGCUCAACCGAAGAAUCAAACUACACAAAAUAGCACAGGAAGCAUCAGUGGUGUCUCAUCCAGAAGCUCAUGUGAUCAUACUGGUGCUUCAGCACAAGGAUUUUAGUCAGAAGCAUAGAGAUAUAUUACCUGCUGUGUUGAGCUGCUUUGGAGAACAUGCAAUGAAGCGUACAGUGAUUCUGACUACUGAUGAUGAGAAACACACCAUUAAACCAAAAUCUGUAAAAGAAAAUACAUUUAUUCAAGAAUUAUCUACAGAAUGUGGAGGAGGACAUCUACAGCUUCAAAACACACAACGCUCUCAAAUACUUCAAAAAGUGGAUGAAAUUAUCACUCGCAGUGGUUUUGAGGACACAAAGCAGGCCUCGUCGCUGGAUCAAGUGGACAAGCCAGAUGUUUAUCACAGAUCUGGAAAACAAAAACUGACAUUGGUGAUGUGUGGAUUUGAUGCAGAACUGCAAUACUCCAUGUCAAAACUUUUACUGGGGACAAACACACCCAUAUCAGUACAAGAUGAGUACAGCUUGGUGUGUCUGAUGAAAGAGAAGAAGAUUCAUGGACGUCAGAUCACUCUUGUGACGCUUCCCGUUCUCAGUCGUCUCUCAGAGGAAGAAGCGAUGCAUCAGACUCUCCGCUGUGUGUCUCUCUGUCAUCCUGGAGUUCAUGCCUUCAUCAUAACUGUUCCUGUUGGUCCACUGACUGAUGAAAGCAAAGAAGAAAUAGAAACGAUUCAGAAGUUAUUUGACUGUAGAGAGCAUUUUAUACUGCUCUUCACAACAGAGCUCACUGUUAAAGCACCAAUGACAGAUUUCGUCAAAUCCACUCCAGAAUGUCAGAGGUUAAUCAGUCUCUGUGGAGGUCAGUACAGAGUGAUGGGGUUGAAGGAACCUAAAAGCUCAAGACAGAUCCCAGAUCUACUGGAUUAUAUAGAGAACAUGAACACUGAACCAUAUUCACUUCAGAUGCAUGUGAAAGCUCAAGAGAACAGAGCCAGAUGUGAACUUAAGAAAGAACUGAGUGAUCUGGAGAGCAAAAUCAAAGAGUUAGAGGAGAAACUUCAGUCAGAGGGUACUAAAGAAGUAUUGAAUGAUCAGCGGUGUCUGAGGAUUGUGCUACUUGGGAGGACAGGAAGUGGAAAGAGUGCAACAGGAAACACUAUUCUGGGAAAAGAUACGUUUGUGAGUGAAGCAAGCAUAGAUUCAGUGACAACAGUUUGUAUGAAGGGAGUUGGUGAAGUUGAUGGUCGAUCAGUGGCUGUUGUUGAUACUCCAGGACUCUAUGACACAACACUGAAAAAUGAACAAGUGGUGGAAGAAAUAGUGAAAUGUGUUUCGCUCUUGUCACCUGGACCUCAUGUGUUUGUCAUUGUGUUGAGUGUGGGAAGAUUCACCAAGGAAGAGAAUGAUACUAUGCAGUUGAUUAAGAAGAUGUUUGGUCAUAAAGCUGCUCAGUUCAGCAUCGUCCUGUUCACUGGAGGAGACAAACUGAAAAAUAAGUCCAUAAAUGAAUAUGUCAGUGAAACUAAAAAUGCUGAAUUCAGGAAGCUGAUCAGUGAUUGUGGAAACCGAUUCCUGGUUUUUAAUAACACAGAAAAACAAGAAAGAACUCAAGUGAUUCAACUGUUAAACAUGAUAGAAGAGGUGAGAAAUAGUAGUCAGGGUCGAUAUUUCACUAACAGCAUGUUUGAGGAAGCAGAGAUGUCCAUUAAAAAGAGAAUGGAGCAAAUACUGAAAGAGAGAGAGAAAGAAAUUCAGGAGCAAAAAGAAGAGUUACAAGCCAAAUAUGAGAUGGACAUAAAUAACAUGACAAAGAGACUCGAGGAAGAGAAACAAAGAGCAGAUGAGGAGAAAAUACAAAGAGAAAAUGAGUUCAGACUGAACAAGGAAAAUCUCAUUAAAGAGUUUAAAGAGAAAGAGAAAACAGAAAAGAAGAAAAGAGAGAUUGAAAACCAGAAACGAUCAGAGGAGGUAAAACGACGAAGAGCUGAAUAUCUUCAUAAAAUAGAAGAGAUGAAGAGAGAGAUUGAAAAUCAGAAAUCACAGUAUGAAAAACAGCAGAAAGAAAGAGAAAAGGAAGAGAGAAAGAGAGAAAAGAAAUACAGACAAGAUCUAGAAAAGAUGAAACAUGAACAAGAACGUACUAUAGCAGAGUUUCAGAGGAAACAAGAAGAAGAAACUAAGAAGAGAGAAUCUGAGGAAAGAAAGAAGAUUGAACAAGAAGAGAAAGAGAGACAAGAAUGGAGAAGAAGAAUAAAAGAGGCUGAGAAUGACAGAAAAGAGACUCAAGAGGAAAUUAAACGACAGCAGAGAAAAUGGGAGGAUGAAAAGAAACGAAAUAUGAGAGAACGAGAGGAAGAAGAAAGAAAGAGAAAAGUGAAACAGGUGGAACAACUGAAAGAAAAACAAAAAGAACUGGAG